GACGUGUCAUCCUGUUUCUUCCGAGGGGAUCUGCUCACUUCUUUCUUGUUUCGUUCUCCGUCUGUCUUGUUUGCCUUUCAUUUUUGACGGCGUAUUCACGACAAAUCCACAAGUUCAGAAAUCCAGACUUCCGAGUCAUUCAAGUUGCAUUCAAGUUCAACUCCGUAAUCCAGACUUUACAACCGUUCAACUCAUGGCCAAGGUAUCGGUAGCGUAUUAAAAGAAAGGACGGCUACCUCAACUCUGCUUCCCGAUGCUUCUCUCAGUUCCACCCGUAUGCUGGUACUCGUCGUCGGACUCGCCAGAGUGGACCCACUCCCGAUCUAACUCUCAAUCUCGAAUCCAACAUCUCUCAGCAGGAUCCUCAAGGCGAGUUUCGUUAUCAACUCCUCAUGGCGCAAAGGGAGCUCGUCAAAAAAGGGAAUAUUGUUACGUUCCGUCCAGAAACCAUGUCAUGGGAUGUGUUGGAUCGCCCCAUGAGAGUUCUCAAGUCAGGUGUCAUGAAGACUGUUGCGCCUCCUAGCUAUGAAGGGUCACCUGGCUAUGAGGUCCCGGUUUGUCCUGAUAUCUUGAAUGAAUGGCGUACACGUGAAGAGUGCAAGAUGAAGGUCACGGCAAUUCACAAAUUCGGCAAGACCAGAUAUCGGUACACUGGGGGACAUCCACACUGUGUCUACGGCAUGGAUAUUCCGUAUGAUGGAGUCCAGACGAUAGAACCGUAUGAAGACGAGAACAGCGAGGAUGAAAUAGAUGUUCUUUCAACUGCUCACUUCAAUAUGAGUCGGAGCAGUGCAUCAUCGGCCUCGUCUUCCCGAAUUUCAAAUUUUUUUUCUUCGCCUUCCUCGGCUACCAACUCGCCAAUUACACAGUACUCGCCACAUCAAGGCUCCUCCUCAGACUCCUCAACCUUUGGCACUUCGCCCAAGAAGUCACAUGCCCCUUCACGGAAGAACUUCACAAUUGAAGAAAUGGAGUCUAGGAAAAAUUACGACAUGGAGCUUAUGGUCCAUCUUCGCCAAUGCGAGGAUGAUGAAACUUUCAUUGGGUACCCUCACCUUCAUCCUGCAUGGCCCGGCACUGUCUCCAGUCAGCUCCAUCCAAGGUUAAAGCUAUACGACGAUAUGCACCCCAGUAUCCUAUUUAUGCACAUGGACUUUCACACAACUCCUUCUGGACACAUCGUUCAGGACCUCAACAGUAUAACUGGUGUUAUCCCUGGCGCAUUUCGGACUCUCGUCGAAACAUCAAGAGUUUGUCCGUCUUGCGUAUGUGAAUACUCAUCUGUAGCUUUUAUGUCCCAUAUUCAAGAGGGACGUUGCUUGAACAGCUUCUCAGAUAAUAUCGUCCGCCAAGUUGUUUGUCCCGAUCCUCAUAUCAACACCCGACUCUCCAACCUCCGUCAAACGCUUCCAUCAGCAAUUCGGAAGAAGGAUGCUCUGCUGCCGACAACACUUGGUAUUCUAUUUGCCAUGUGGAACUCCCGUCUCGGUCUACCGUUGGACCUUUGGAUGAUUGCACGUACUGCGGUUGUCACUUGCAAGGACUGUUUCCUUGUACGAACGUUCGAUGCACAUGAGGCUCACCAAACAAAGGAUGGACUGUGUUCCAUCUGCAUAGCUUUGGGGGAGAUGGGGGAGACGGAAAAGGAGGGACUGAGAGAGGAAGGGCUACGGGCAUUGGUGCCCUAUCUAGGCAAGGGUAAAAGACGCGUUGUUGACUAAAUAAAAAAAUUUCCUCUUUCACUUCAUUCUCAGUGUGUCGGGACCUUCCCGGGACCUUCCCAUAUGUUUAUAGUCUAUAGUACCUUGUAAUUUUCUUGACCUGAAUGGGUUUCUUGUAAUGUGCUGUAUCCAGGCGUAUAGCGUACCAAUGGCCAUGUAAUGUCAACCGUAGUCACGUGAAUGUAUCAAGGCUUGCUUCCCGCA